AAACACCUUUGGAAAUCAUCAAACCUCUCCAAGAGACAGAGGUCAUCGAAGGUGAGCCCGUAACCUUGACCUGCGAGGUCAACCGUCCAGGUGUCAAGGCCACCUGGUUCAAGGACAAGGUUGAGAUCGGUCCCACCGAGGACCGCCACAUCUCCGUAGACGGUACCGUCCACACGCUGACCCUGCCCAAGACGGACCUGGAGGACGAGGCAGAGUACACUGUCAAGCUAGAGGACAAGAGCUCCUCGGCUCUACUGCUCGUCGAAGAGGAACCUCUGAAGAUCACCCGCCCUAUCUCUGACGCCGAAUGCCUUGAAGGCGAGACCGUGAGCUUCGUGUGUGAGGUGAAUAAGGAGAACUUCCCCGCUAUGUGGCUCAAAGAUGGCAUCGUCAUCACGGAGGAAGACGGCUACGAGUUCAUCAUGGACGGCAAGAGACACAUCCUGAAGAUCCCUGAGGUCAACAUGGAGCACGACGCGGAGUUUACGGUUAAGCUCAACGGCUGCGAGUCCAAGGCCAAGCUCAGAGUUGAAGAAGUAGCCGCCAUGUUCACGGCCACCCUCAAGGACGUGGAAGGUCGUGAAGGUCAGGACGUGGAGCUGGAGUGUGUGCUCAGUAAGCCAGACGUCAAGGUGCGCUGGAUGAAGAACCGGAAACCGCUCACGCCAAGCGACCGGAUCAAGAUCGUGUGUGACCGGUACCGACACUUCCUGCGGAUCAUGGACACCAUCCAGGAGGACGAGGGAGAGUACACGGCCGUGCUGCCAGACGACAAGGAGUCUUCCGCGAAACUCAGGAUUUACGAAAUCGAGCCGUUCUUCACAAUGCCGCUGGACGACCAGGAACUUCCGGAGAAGGAGAUGGCCAUCUUCGAGUGCCAGGUGUCCAAGAAAAACAUCCCAGUCAAGUGGCUCAAGGACGGACAGGAGGUGGUACUGGACGAUCGGAUCCAGGCCAUCACAGACGGCUUUGUCCAGCAGCUGGUCAUCGACGACUGUCGUCUGGAGGACAUGGGCCAGUACACGUGCGUCAUGGGAGGCCAGGAGACGGCCGCCAAACUGGUCGUGGAAGAACUCCCCGUGGAGAUUCUCAAACCGCUCCGCAACACGACGGUCACAGAGGGAGACAAGCUGGUCCUGGAGGUGGAAUUAUCCAAGCCAGACUUCCCGGUGACCUGGAAGAAAGACGGCGAGCCGUUGUCCUCUGAUGACCGAGUGCGCCUGGUGGUGGACGGAUGUGUCCACCGGCUCGAAAUUGACGUAUCGGAAGUGGACGAUGAGGCCAACUACUCCCUGCAGGCGGCAGACAAGAGCUGCAAGGCUCUGGUGCUUGUAGAAGAGUCGCCCAUAGAAAUCCUCAAACCACUGGAGGAUCAGAACAUUCUGGAGAAAGAACCCAUCUCCUUCAGUUGUGAGCUCUCGAAACCAGGGGUCAAGGUGAGCUGGCUCAAGGACGGCCUGAAGGUCUCUGAGGUCGACGGGUUCACGAUCAAGGUGGACGGAAAGGUCCACACCCUGACCAAAGACGAGGCUGACCUGGAGGACGCCGGCAAAUACAUGAUCGUGUUUGAAGACAAGAAGUCAUCGGCCCAACUUGGCGUCGAAGCCCUCGCCACGACAUUCACUCGCCCACUGGCGGACAUCACGGUCACAGAACACCAGAGUCUGGUCCUGGAGUGUGAGGUCUCACAGCCAGACAAGCCCGCCAAGUGGUUCAUGGGAGGUCAAGAGGUCAAGGCCUCUGCACGCAUCCGGUUGACCUCUGACGGCAAAGUUCACAAGCUCAGCAUCGCAGACGUGGAGCUGGACGAUGAGGGACUGUACAAGGUGGAGGUCGAUGGAGCGGAGAGCGAGGCUUCUGUCUUUGUGGAAGAGGAGCCACUAGAAAUUAUCAAACCUCUGAAAAAUCUGGAGAUAACGGAAGGUGAGACGGCCAAAUUCAUCUUCGAGAUUUCUAAGCCAGACUUGACGGCCGUGUGGUCGUACGAAGACAAAGCUAUCACUGUGAAGGGAGGCUAUGACAUCACCGUCACCGGAAGUACCCACACGCUCACGCUAGAGGGCGUGGAGCUAGAGGAUGCUGGGGCAUACAAGAUAAAAAUAGAAGAUGUAGAGAGUUCUGCCGAGCUCAAAGUCCGAGAACUACCAGUCGAAUUCACCAAACCGCUCAAAGAUGUGGAGAUUAUGGAGAACCAACCUCUGACCUUGACCUGUGAGGUCAACAAGCCUGACCUUGAGGCCACCUGGCAGAAAGAUGGCAAGCCUCUGGACGCUAGCGACAGGGUUCAAAUCCUGCGUGACGGCCGCACUCACACGCUGACGAUCGAGCGUGCAACGAUGGAGGACGACUCGGUGUACAAGUGUGUUGUGAGGGACAGGAAGACUUCAGCCCGGGUCACCGUCAAAGAAGAACCUUUGGAAUUCACGAAGCCAUUGGCGAGUAUUGAGGUCAAAGAAGGUCAGAAGAUCUUCCUGGAGUGCACCAUCUCCAAGCCUGACCGCCCGGCCACGUGGUACAAGAACGGGGUCAAGGUCACGGCCUCUGAGACGAUCGUGCUGACCGCUGACGGACCCCAGCACACACUGACCAUAGACCGAGCCGAGCUGUCGGACCAGGCCGAGUACUCCAUCAAGGUGGACGGAAAGACCUCCAAGGCAGAGGUCAAGGUCAUUGUCCCACCAGAGAUCUUCAUCGACAAGCGCUACCAAGAGACCGUCAUCCUGAACGCCGGCCAGUCCACAGCCUUCGAGGUGCCGUUCACCGGAAACCCUCAGCCCAAGGUCACCUGGACCUUCAAGGACGGGCCUCUGCCGGACGCCAAGCGCAUGGAGGCAGAGACCAUCUACAACAUGACCACUGUCCGGCUGGGCCACGUGAAGCGCACGGACACCGGAAACUACACGGUCAAGCUGGAGAACAACAGCGGUAUCGCGGAAAUCACGAUCAACUUGCUGGUGCUAGACAAGCCAUCCGUACCCCGUGACGUCACUGUCUCUGAGAUCACCGCCGAGAGCGCCAUGUUGUCAUGGCAACCACCGGAAGACGACGGCGGCAAGCCCGUCACCUCUUACAUCAUCGAGAAGCGCGACGCCAGCCGGCAGACGUGGAACGACGUGGCCGAGGUCACGGAGGUCAGCCCCUACAAGGUCACGGGUCUGGUCGAGGGCAAGCAGUAUGUGUUCAGGGUGUGCGCCAAAAAUGACGUGGGCGCCGGCAAGUUUGCUGAGUCAGACAAAAUCACGGCUAAACAUCCCUUCGCGUGAACAAAGAGCCAGUUCCCGCCACAGAGCUGAGGGUCAGUGACCUGGUGGAGGACAACAAGUACACCUUCCGGGUCAUCGCUCACAACCGCGCGGGUCCCAGCCCACCCAGUGAGCCCUCACCCACCGUGCUUGCCAAAGAACAAGCCCGGCAAACCGGAAGCGCUGCGAGUGAUGGAGAUCCUCAAGGACAGCAUCGCCGUUGCCUGGGACGCGCCCUCUGACCUGGGCGGAUGUGACCUCAAGGGUUACGUCAUCGAGAAACGAGAGGCCAAGAGGAAUACCUGGGCACCGGUCCAGUCUGUCGAUGCCAACACCACCACAUACGCCGUACAGAAACUUCUGGAAGGCAAGGAAUAUUUCUUCCGAGUGGCGGCUCAGAACGAGAUGGGGGUCGGCGAGUUCGCCGAGCUGUUGGAGGGCAUUGUCGCCAAGAGUCCAUUCGCUCCUCCCACCCUGGAGUUCGACAACAAGUUCCGUGACCUAAUUAGCCUCCAGGUCGGAGCCACCCUCAAGAUCCCAGUCCGGGUCGGGGGAAUCCCCUCGCCACGCAUCACGUGGUCUCGCGAGGACCAGAAGCUCCGGACAGGCGGCCGCAUCACGCUGGACAUCCAGGAAGAGAGCACAAGUCUGACGGUCAAGAAGAUCAGCAAGGAGGACGACGGUCUGUAUACCCUGGUGGCGGAGAACGAGGUCGGGGAGGCCACAGCCAAGUUUGACGUGGAGAUUCUCGACGUCCCCUCAGCCCCCGAGGGCCCCAUCCAGGUGUCUGCUGUCACCAAAGACAGCGCUGUCCUCACCUGGAAACCUCCCAAAGACGACGGUGGCUGUGACGUCACAGCUUACAUCAUCGAGCGCCGUGACGCCAAGAGAAACGUCUGGACCAAGGUGGCGACCUUGGACGGCGCGACCUUGGACUACAAGGCCACGGGACUGGUGGAGGGUAACUCCUACCACUUCCGGGUCAUCGCGGAAAACGAGGUUGGCCAAUCCCAGCCUCUGGAGACCGCCACGGCCGUGGUGCCCAAGAGCCAGUACGACAAACCCUCCCCUCCCCAAGGACCCAUCGAGUUCUCCGACCUGAAGGCCGACAGCGUGACCUUGACCUGGAAACCGCCCAAAUCGGACGGCGGCUCGCCGGUCAAGAACUACAUCGUGGAGCGCAAGGACGUGCGUAAGACCACCUGGACCAAAGUGAGCACUGUGGACGCCCACUCGCUCACGGUGACCGCACAGAAACUGCUGGAGGACACGCCCUACAUCUUCCGGGUCAUCGCGGUCAACGAGGAGGGACAGAGUCAGCCGCUAGAGGCAGACAAGGAAGUGAUGCCUAAGGCGCCUGCUGUUGUUCCCGGAAAGCCAGUUGGCCCCAUCAAGUUCUCGCAAGUUCUCGCCGACUCCGUGACCUUGGAGUGGUCUCCGCCCAAGAAAGAUGGCGGCUCCAAGGUCACCUCCUACGUGGUGGACCUCUCGUCUGACUCCGGCCGGACCUGGACGACGACCGAGACUGUGGACGCCUCCACGACCAUCUGUACCGCCCGAGACCUGACCGAGGGCCAGAAGUACAUCUUCCGAGUGUCCGCCGUCAACGAGGUCGGACAAGGAGAGCCCCUGGAGUCGGACAAGGUCACGCCACAGAGGAAGAUCACCAAGCCUGGCAAACCCACAGGCCCUCUGGAGGUCACGGACGUCCAGAAAGAUUCUCUGACCUUGACCUGGCAGCCACCGUCUGACGACGGGGGUUCCCCACUCACUGGCUACGUCAUCAUGAAGCGAGACGCCAAACGGUCGACGUGGUCGCCUGCUGGUAAAGUGGACGCGGCCACCACACAGUUCAAGGUCAAGGACCUUCUCGAGGGUACUGAGUACUUCUUCAAGGUCACCGCAGAGAACAAGGCCGGACAAGGAGACGGUCUGGAGACUGAUGCGUCUAUCCUGGCCAAGAGUCCAUUCGACAAACCGAGCGCCCCCGUGGGACCCCUGGAGAUCUCCAACGUGACAGAAACAUCCGCCGACCUGGCCUGGAAGCCUCCACAGAGCGAUGGAGGUUCACCUUUGACCUCUUACAUCAUCGAGGCACGGCCCGCCAACCGCUCCACCUGGAUCCAGGCCGGCAAAGUCAGCGGUGACCAGACGACCUUCACCGUCCCUGACCUUCGUGUGGACACUGAGUACCUCUUCCGGGUCAUCGCUGUGAACUCUGAGGGUCAAAGUGCACCCUUGGAAGGAAAAGAUACCGCCAAACCAAGCAAGAAAAUAUAAAAACCCACCCGACCUAUCGGCCCACUCGAGCUCAGUGACAUCACCGACAAAUCGGUUGUGUUGUCAUGGCAACCACCGGAGAGCGAUGGCGGCACGCCAAUCACGUCUUACGUCAUCGAGUCCCGCCCCUCAGCCCGCUCCACCUGGUCGCCCAUCGGAAAGGUCAAGGGCGACACAACGACCUUCACCGCUGAGGACCUGAGGGAAGGAACAGAGUACCACUUCCGGGUCGCUGCAGUGAACCAGGAAGGUCAAGGUCCCGCCCUUGAGGCCAAGGACACUGUGAAGCCCACUAAGAAGAUUGAACCCCCUGGACCUCCAGCUAGCCUCAAGACCACAAAGGUAGGCACAGACUUCAUCGGCCUGGAAUGGAAACCGCCCACCUCCAACGGUGGCUCGAAGAUCACCGGUUACAAGAUCGAGAAAUGCGAGGAGGACGGCGAGAACUGGGUCAAGGUCGCCGAGGUGGACAGUUACGAAUCGACCUUCAAGGUCUCAGGACUGACCCCUGACGUGGCCUAUGUGUUUGCUGUGUCGGCCAAGAAUGAGGCCGGCUUCGGCGAGCCACUGGAGACUGACAAGGGGGUCAAGCCCAAGAAACCAGAGGGUAAACCAGGCUCACCCGAAGGACCCCUCAAGGUAAAGGACAUUGAGAAGACGUCAGUAACCUUGGAGUGGCAGCCACCCACCAGCGACGGCGGCUCCCCUCUCACCGGUUACGUCAUCGAGAAGAAGGAAGCUAAGAGACCCACCUGGACCCGCGUGGACCAGGUCAAGCCUAACGUGACGUCACUCACCGUCCCCAACCUCCUAGAGGGCGCUGAGUACCUGUUCCGGGUGUCGGCGGAAAACAAACAUGGCGCCAGUGAGCCUCUGGUCACAGACGCAACUAUCGCGCCCAAGAGCAAAUUCGACAAACCUGGAAAACCUCUGGGCCCCAUCGAGUUCUCCGACCUGACUGACAGCUCAGUGACGUUGUCAUGGAAACCACCCAGCAGUGACGGCGGAAAGCCCGUCAAGAACUACGCCAAACCAGACUCCCCUCAAGGUCCGCUCAAGGCCACAGACAUCGAGAAAACGUCCGUGACCUUGGAGUGGCUGCCACCUGACAAUGACGGAGGCUCCCCCCUCACCGGCUACCUGGUGGAGAGGAAGGACUCCAAGAGACCCACCUGGACCAAGGUGGACCGCGUCGGACCGGAAGUGACUACGAUCCGCGUGCCCAGCCUGACAGAGGGCACUGACUACAACUUCAGGGUCAUCGCUGAGAACAAGGUCGGGGCGAGUGAGCCUCUGGCCACCAGUGCUAGCGUCACGCCCAAGAGCAAGUUUGACAAGCCCAGCAAGCCUCUGGGCCCCAUCGAGUUCUCCGACCUGACUGACAGCUCAGUGACGUUGUCAUGGAAACCACCCAGCAGUGACGGCGGAAAGCCCGUCAAGAACUACGUCAUCGAGUACCGUGACGCAAGAAGGACGUCAUGGAUGAAGGCCGGCUCCGUGCCUGGUGACGUCACCAGCUUCACGGCGGACAAACUGAUCGAGGGCAAUGAGUACACGUUCAGGGUCACGGCCGUCAACGACGAAGGUGAAGGUCAGCCUCUGGAAUCUCUGGAGUUUGUAAAACCACAGAAACCAGCUGCCACCCCAGGAGCCCCAACCAACCUCAAGGUCAAGGACAUUGGCAAAGAUUACGUCAGCGUUGAAUGGAGCGCGCCAAAGUCUGACGGGGGCUCCAAAAUCACGGGCUAUCGUCUGCUGUACCGCGAGGAUGGCUCAGACGAGUGGGUUGAGGCCGGCAAGGUCGGCUAUCUGGAUUCGACCUUCACAUUCAAGAAGCUGAGCGACAAGACCAACUACUUCUUCGCUGUGGUGGCUGAGAACAAACUGGGUCAGGGCAAACCUCUGGAGACGGAGAAAUCUGUCAGACCCAAGAAGCCAGCCACCAAACCGUCGCCCCCGAAGGGCCCCAUCACAUUCACGGAGAUCCUGCGGACGUCUGUGACCUUCACCUGGCAGGAGAGCGAGGACGAUGGAGGUGACGCAAUCACUGCUUACGUCAUCGAGCGCCGCGAGGCCUGGAAGUCCUCCUGGUCUCCUGUGACGUCAGUCGCUCCUGGCAUCACUAGCUACUGCGCCCAGAACCUGAAGGAAUCACAAGAGUACGUGUUCCGGGUCAUGGCCGAGAACAGCGUGGGACGAUCACAACCUCUGGAGUCGGAUCCCGUCACGCCCAAACAUCCAUUCGGCCCGCCCAGCGCGCCGGAGGGACCUCUCGAGACCUCUGACGUCACAGCCACGUCUGUGACCUUGACCUGGAAGCCUCCUAAGACAGACGGAGGUCAACCACUGACCGCUUACAUCAUCGAGCGCAGAGACGCCAAGAGGAGUUCAUGGACGUCUGUAGAGAAGGUCAGCCCGGAUAUUACAUCAUACGUGGUGCAGAACCUGACCACGGGCGUGGACUACUACUUCCGGGUCAUGGCGGAGAACAAGGAAGGUGUGAGUCCGCCUCUGGAGGCAUCCAAGACCAUCAAGCCUUUCCGAGCUGCCGAAGCCCCCUCUCCCCCCAAAGGCCCCGUCCGUCUGUCAGACUUCACGGCUACGUCAGUCACCGUUACCUGGCAACCACCAGCUGACGAUGGCGGCUCCGACUUGAAGAACUACGUCAUCGAAAUGUGCGUAGGUGACAAGGACUGGGUCAAACUGUCAAAGGUGGAGAGCUACAGCACAAAGUUCAAGGUUCAUGACCUUGAGGAGGGCAAGGAGUACAGGUUCCGGGUGUCUGCGGUCAACAAGAUCGGACAGAGCGACUGGCUCGAGUCAGAGAUGGUCAAACUGGAGAGACCGCCUGAGAAACCAGGCCCGCCCGAGCCCCCGAUCAACCUGACAGAGUUCACCAAGACGACCCUGACCCUGACCUGGGGCCCGAGCCGCGAGGACGGCGGGUCGCCUAUUGUCCACUACGUGCUGGAGAAGCGCGAGAGCUGGAAGUCCUCCUGGUCCCACGUGGCCAAGGUCAAGCCCGAGGCUGAAGGUCAACCGCUGACCCACGUGGUGCCUGGCCUGAAGGAGGGACAGGACUACCACUUCCGGGUGUUCGCUGAGAAUGCUGUGGGCGCGUCUAAGUCCAUCGAGACCAGCACGCCGUACAAGCCUAGGACGCCGUUCAGCGUGCCAGAUGCGCCUCAAGGACCAAUCGUGAUCGAGGACGUGGGUAUCACUGACGUCACAAUCCGCUGGCGCUCGCCUCUGAGCACCGGUGGCCUUGACCUCACGGGCUACUACAUCGAGCGGCGGGACACCAAGUACACCGCCUGGAUCAAAGUGGAUACGGUCAAGCCAUCCAUCCACAGCUACUGUGUUCAGAACCUUCUCGAAGGCAACGAGUAUGUCUUCCGAGUGUUCGCAGAGAACCCCGAGGGAAGGAGUGACCCAAUUCUCACCACUGACCCCGUGACCCCGGGCCGACCUCCAGCUGCCCCAUCUGUUCCGACUGGACCAAUCAGAUUCGAGGACAUUACAGAAACAUCCUUGACCUUGGACUGGCUUCCUCCAAAAGAAGAUGGCGGCACCCCCGUCACUUCCUACACAGUACGCAUGUCCGUGGACGAUGGAGACUUCGUGGACAUCGCUCAGACAGAGUCCAAGGCCACCAAACUGAAGGUCAAGGACUUGACCACCGGCUCUAAGCACACCUUCCAGGUGCUGGCCGAGAACAAAGUGGGCAAGAGCAAACCUCUGGACUCUGACACCGUCGUGCCCAAGAGGAAAGCCAGUGUCCAGUGUAGACAGCUACAAGACGCUCCAGAUCAUCUCCGACCUGGAACAGGAAGUGGACUGGCUGUUUGGGGUCACGGCCGAGAACGAGGUCGGCCCAGGACCCAGAGCCGUCACCUCCAAGUCUGUCAAGCUGGACAAACCUGUUGAGCCACCAUCACCCCCCAUGGGACCCCUCCAGUUCGCCAACAUCACCAAGCGAGGUGGCCGAGUGGCGUGGAAGCCAAGCGAGAAGGACGGAGGUGCUCCCGUCUCUCAUUACGUGAUAGAGAAACGAGACGCCUGGAAGACAUCUUGGCUGCCCGUGGAGCGAGUGGGCGGGGACAGGCUGACCUGUGACCUCUCCCACCUGCAGGAAGGUCAGGAGAUCUACAUCCGGGUGAUGGCGGAGAACGUUGCCGGAGUGUCCAAACCGCUGGAGGGGGAAACCCCUCUGGUGCCCAAGUCGCCAUACAACAAACCCGGAGCCCCCGAAAAUCUCAAGGCCACCGAGGUCAAGUCAAGCUCUGCCUCCCUGCAAUGGAAGCCGCCGGUAGACAACGGAGGUCUGCCCAUCACAUCCUACCUUGUGGAGCGUAGGGACAAGCGAUGGGGAUCAUGGGUCAAGGCCGGAACCACCAAGGGCGGGGUCACGACCCUGGAUGUAGGUCAACUUCUCGAGGGUGCUGAAUACUUUUUCCGCGUUAGCGCGCAGAAUGAGGAGGGUUACGGCCCCUGCGUCGAGAUGACUGAAGCCGUGGUGCCCGAGAGAGAGCCAGUUGCCCCUGAGCGACCUGUUGGUCCUAUCCGGUUCUCCGACCUUGAACCCACAGGCGUGACCUUGGAGUGGCACCCACCCCGGGACGACGGAGGGUCGCCCAUCACAGCCUACAAGGUUGAGGUCAGCACAAAACGCGACGACUGGGCAGAGGUGACCAUCACAGAUGCUGACGUCACCAAACAGAGGGUGAAGAACCUGAAAGAAGGUCAGAAGGUCUGGUUCCGGGUCACUGCCUUCAACAAGGUGGGCAGUAGCAAACCUCUCGAGUCGGACUCUGUGCUGCCGGAGAGGAAGAAAGGACCCCCUGGACCCCCCAAACGCCCUCUGUCGGCCAAGACGUUGUCACGUGACUCCGUGGCCCUGGAGUGGGGCGCGCCGGAAGACGACGGAGGCUCCCCCAUCACCGGUUACGUCAUCGAGAAGCGCGAGGCCAUGCGCAUGUCCUGGUCACGUGCCGAGAAGACCUUGACCGACGCCACCAAGGUCGACGUGAGGAACCUGUCUGAGGGCAGCGAGUUCUACUUCCGGGUAGCGGCUGUCAACAAACAGGGCACCAGCGACUUCCUGGAAAUGGAGAAACCCAUCAAGGUCAAGUCUCCCUUUGACGUGCCAUCACCCCCCGAGGGCCCUCUCAGAUUCACCUCAGUGACACAAGACUCGUGUGAGCUCGAGUGGCUCCCCUCCAAACACGACGGGGGCUCCCCCAUCCUCAACUACGCCGUGGAGAUCCGCGAGUCGCGCCGCACCAUGUGGGGGCGUGCCGGAACUUCCCUUGCUGACGUCACCAAGUUCACUGCUCGGAACCUCGUGAUCAACAACGAGUACUCCUUCCGGGUCCGAGCCGUGAACGCCGAGGGCGAGAGUCAGCCCCUUGAGGGAACUGAGUCCGUCAGCCCGAGGCUCAAGCAAGACCCACCCGGCCGCCCGUCUGCUCUGAGCGUCCCUAAGGCCACCAGUGAGGCGGUCACCUUAGAGUGGAAGCCACCCACCAACGACGGGGGCGCCAGGGUCAAGAAAUAUAUUGUACAGAGAACGCCGAGGGCGUGAGUAACCCUCUCGAGUCAGACGUGCCCGUCACCUGCAGACGAGCGCCAGAAAAACCGGGCCCACCCUCGGGCAAACUGCGGACCAGCAAGAUCACCGCCGACUCCGUGACCCUGGACUGGCUACCUCCCCUGGACGACGGUGGCUCCCCCUUGACCGCCUUCAUCAUCGAGGCACAGACGGCGGGCAGCAGCGAGUGGAAGACUGUAGCAGAAGUGGACCCCAACGCUUCGCGCCAUCUCCUGAGGAAUCUGACGGAGGGUGAGGAGUAUCGGUUCCGCAUCUGCUCACAGAACGCCAUCGGGCGCAGCAAGCACGUGGAGGCGGACUCUGUAGUGAAACCUUCCAGACCUCUGGGUGGAGAACCUCCUUGAGGGUGUGGACUACAAGUUCCGGGUCAUGGCCGAGAACAAGGUCGGGGUCAGCGAACCCCUGGAGACAGACGCAACCGUACGGCCAGUCAGUCCUUACAGCGUGCCCUCAGCACCAGUCGGACCAAUCAAAUCGCUCCAAAUCACCCGCGACUCCGCCACCAUCCAGUGGCAGCCGCCCACGUCGGACGGGGGCACGCCCCUCACGAGCUACGUGGUGGAGCGGAGAGAGGAGGGCAAGCGAGCCUGGAUGUACUGCGGCCGCACCGAGCCGGACGUGACCAUCUACACAUGCGCAGCGCUGUACGAGAACCGCGAGUACUACUUCCGGGUGUACGCGGAGAACAAGAUGGGCCGCAGCAAGCCUCUCGACUCCGACAUCGCCGUGGUUCCCAAGAGGAUCUUCGGUAUCGUAACUACCGCGAGGUGUACGAGGGCCGGAAGUGCUGGAUACGUCACGAGAACACGACCUUCACCCUGGUGGUCAAGGACGUGGACUUCGCUGACGGCGGAGACGUGGAGUGUCAGGCCAAGAACAAAUAUGGAACUGUCAGCAUCAGAGCCAAGCUCAACGUGCUGGAGGAGCCUUCGGUGUGGUACACCGCGCCGUUGAGCGAGCUACCGGCAAGAACUGGGCGGCCAAGUUCAUCCACUGCCGGCCUCAAGACAAGGACACCAUUCGUCAUGAGAUAGACAUCAUGAACGGUCUCCAUCAUCCCAAGUUGUUGCAGCUGCAUGAGGCUUUUGACCAGAGGGGAGAGAUGGUCAUGAUUCUAGAACUGCUGAGCGGCGGUGAGCUGUUUGACCGCCUAGUGGAAGAGGAGUACACACUCACAGAAGACGCGUGCAUUGAGUACAUGAGACAGAUCUGUGAGGGAGUGCAGCACAUGCACCAUCACAAUAUCCUACACCUGGACCUCAAGCGGCCGGAGCCUGACGUCACGUGGUACCACGGCGACCAGAAGGUGAGCCGCUCCAGCCGCGUGUCCUUCCACCAUGAGAAGGGCGUGUACAGGAUGACCGUCCUUGACCUCAAUGCCAAGGACGCGGGCGAAUGGCGUUGCCAGGCCUACAACUCGUACGGCGAGGCCUGGUGCUCCUGUGACCUCAACGUCAUCGAAAUCAUUCCGCCAGGCCACACGUCCCCGAGGUUCAGCCGAGAGCUGGAAUACAUGACGGUGUCUGAGGGCAGUCUGGUCAGGCUGGAGUGCCAGGUCACUGGCGAGCCUAAGCCCAAACUGAAGUGGUGACGAAGAGAUCAGUAGCAUGGAGCUGGACAUCCUACGUCCCAAGUUCUCCGCCAUGAUUGAAGACAUCACGGUCAACGAGGGCGAGGAUGCUGUGUUCACCUGCACAGCCACUGGCAAACCCAUGCCAACCUUCAAAUGGCAAAGAGAUAUGAUUCCUCUGUCCGGCUCCCGAAAUGUGGAGAUGGAAUACGACAACCAAGGUCACGCCAGUCUGACCUUGAAGAAGGUCAAGCCGUCUGACGCGGGCCUGUACUACUGUGUGGCCUUGUCAAGGUCAGGCCGGACCAAGUGCUCCGCGAGACUCCAUGUUAAAGCCAAGUCCCCAUCCCCCAUGUCCCCCCGAGAGAGCGUGGAGUACCGACGUUUCGGGUCCCGUGAUCUGACGUCCAUAGAGCGCGGCACAUCCCUGGGAGCCCCCGCCAGUUUCGCGCUCAUGUUGCCCAAGUCCCUGGAUGUGGUGGAGGGAGAGAGGCUCAAGCUGGACUGCUCCGUCAUGGGACUGCCCGCACCCAUGGCUCCUUUCUUCAUCAAACAUUUACCAAAGACCAUCGACGUGAUGGCUGGCAUUGACGUGAGGCUGGACUGUAUCUUACGUCGUGGCAUCGAGCUGGUCCGUUGGUCUUCCUCUCCAACGCCGCCCGAGGAGGCCGAGAAGGCUCGCAAAGAGCUGGCUGACGAAGGCUUUGAGGGGGAGUUCAUUCCUACCCGACCCUCCCCGCCCAGAGAGGAGACAGCUCCAACGGGACUUCCAGAUCUCAAUGAUCGGCUCCCACUGCAAGCUCCAGAUCUCCGACAUGUACCCCGAGGAUGAGGGCGAGUACGCGUGCACGGCCGUCAACUCACUCGGAGAGGUUACUACGUCAUGCUACGUGGCUGUGGAAG